ACCCCACAGUAGAGAGCGGGGGGGGGGGCGGAGAAGAGCACGCCAGGGCCCCUUUUGACCGUGGGCCCGGCACCAUGGCGCCAUUAUAAAUCCGAUGGGCGGCAUUUUUACAUCUCAGGUGGAGCUGAAAAAGCUGGAGAACGAGGAGGCAGAGAAGAAGAGACAGCACGAGAAGGAAGAGAAACAAAAACAGCGCGAGGAGGAAGAGAAGAAGAGACAGCACGAGAAGGAAGAGAAACAAAAACAGCGCGAGGAGGAAGAGAAGAAGAGACAGCAUGAGAUGGAAGAGAGGCAGCGAGAACGCGAGGAGGAAGAGAAGAAGAGAGAGCAUGAGGACCGGGAAAGAGAACGACAGCACAAGGAACGCAUGCACCAGAGAGAGCUUGAAGACAAGGCCAAAGAAAGAGAGGCCCGGCGCCAGAUGCAAGAGAGAGAGUAUGAGGAGCAAGAGAAGAAGAGGAAGUACAAGGAGAUCAUCACACAGCUGCAGAACAAAAACCUGGAAUUGCGCAUUCUCCGCCUAACUGGUCUCUCAUCCAGUAAGAAUUCCCCACAGCGCAUUCUUUUCCAAGAUGCUCUCUCAUCCAUCACAUGCCCCACUAUGCCUGAUGCUGUUGAGAAUGGUGAUGACAGCAGUGGCGAUGAUGACGAUGAUGACAUGGGUUUUCCAUAGUGAACUAUACACUGUUCUUAACCCUUCUGAAUGGAGGGAUUCCCAGCUGUGAUGCCCAGUGUAUUGUCAUCUAACCUGCCCAGCACCAAAGACGUAGUCCAUUUCUCCUCUCACCUUCCCUUCCCCUUUGCACUAAUGGAAUGCUUUUCCCACCCAGGGGUUUAUUUCUGACUUUUCUGAGUCCUAUUUAUUGGCAGUGCUAAUAAAGACA